CUCGCUAUCUCACACACUAGUCUCUGUAGCUUUAUUAUUUUUCUCUUUAAAUACCUUCAACCAACUGAACUUCCAUACACCAGAACUUCCAAAACAAAACUUCCCUUAUUUUUCACCAGCGUCACAUCAAUGAAUAAAGUAGUGCUAAAAGUGGAACUACUCGAUGACAAAAUUAAGAAAAAAGCUAUGAAGAAAGUCUCUAAUAUUUCAGGGAUUGAGUCAGUCUCUAUGGAUAUGAAUGAGCAGAAACUGACCUUAACUGGGGACAUUGACCCUGUGGCAGUGGUGGGUAAGCUGAGGAAGCUGUGUCAUACUGAGAUACUCUCUGUUGGACCAGCCAAGGAACCUCCUAAGAAAGAAGAGAGAAAGAAGCCAGAGGAUCAGAAGAAGAAAACCGAUCAGAAUCAGAAUCAGAAUCAUAAUCAGAACAUGGUUGAUAUUGCGAAGGUAUAUGAAGCAUGUCAGAAUCAGAUGAUGAGACAGCCACAUUACUAUUACACUAGUGUGGAAGAGAAUCCUAAUGCCUGUGUCAUCUGCUAAGUUUCACCUCAUCAUAUUGUAUUCCAAGAAAGCAAAAAGGAAAGAAAAAUUGCAUCUUGUCGUUCUAGUUAUGGAGCUGGUGCAUUUGAAUCUUCAGCAAAUCUUAGGAUAAGGGAACCAGUGACAUUAUUAUAAGAGUCUAAGAAAAUUUCCUUGAUUAUUAUGUUGUUAAUUGAUGUUGUUCUUUGAUAUUUUCAGAAGGAUUUGCUUGUGAUUUA